AUAAAUAUGUCACCGUUUCUCUGUUAUUCUUACUCCAUUUUCUUGUCAUUUUCCUUCUUUCUAAACACAAUUUCAUCACUCUACCGUCAUAAUCCUUUAUUUAUUAUCAAUUUAUUAGUAGUUUGCAUGCCAUAGAGAUUUAUACCUAUAAAGAGAGGGAGAGAUGGAAAUUGAACACAGAAUAAUAUCAGAAAUGGGAAGGAAUAUUCCGAUGAGAUUCCGGAGGUUAUGCGAAAGCAGUGGGAGCGAGCACUCGGCAGAAGACUCAACUGAUUUGUCAGAUCUUGUGAAAUCGUUUAUGGAGAAGAAUUCUUUGAAAGAAGAUUCUGUUGUUCAUGAGAAUGAUGAUGGUGAAUUUGAGUGGUAUGAUUAUUCCGAGAAAAAGGAGAUACUGCAAGAGAUUUUUGGGGAUGCUGAUGAUGAUAAUGUGAAAGAAAAGAUUAGAAGAGAGGUUGAAGUUGCAAUUGAGCUUGUUGCCGGAGAUAAAUCUUCGCCAGAAUUCAAACGCCUUGUCAUGUCACGUUUGCGGGAGAGAGGUUUUGAUGCUGGUCUUUGCAAAACAAGGUGGGAAAGGAAUAGAAAAUUUCCAUCCGGUGACUACGAGUAUAUUGAUGUGAAUUAUGGUGGAAAUCGAUACAUAGUUGAAAUAUCUCUUAUGGCUGAAUUCGAAAUAGCUCGUCCUAUCGAUCAAUAUGCUUCUUUACUUGAUGUGUUCCCUUUUGUAUUUGUUGGGAAAGUGGAAGAGCUGAAAAAGGUUGUGAGGUUGAUGUGCACUGCUAUUAAGGACUCGAUGAAGACCAUGGAAAUGCAUACACCUCCAUGGAGAAGAAAUAGUUACAUGCAAGCAAAGUGGUUUAACCCUUACAAGAGAACAACUAAUGAGGUUGCUGCAACAAGAAAAUCCUUUGGAUUUGAAGCAUACAAUUGCAGGGAAAAUUUUGGGAGUAAAAGGGCUUUAAAAUAUGGAAAUCUGACUGCAGCAUUUAAUGUAGAUGGUAUUGGGAUGAAAUUAUAGUCACGUUGAACAAGAGUGUACAAAAAAUGAAUUUUCAUUUUUCCCCCUAGCACAGGGCACAGAAGUGCUUCAGCACAUUUUUCCCAGUGGUCUGUGUAAUGGGGUAAUUUUGCAGUAUGAGUUGAGAUGAGUUGGGUAAUGAAAAUUACUAUUACAUCUAUUCUCUAUAAGAAAAAGUUUGGCUCA